AUGGGUUCAGUUCUAAGUUGUUGUAACAAAGGAAGUUCUGAAGAAGAAGAUUCGCUAUUAAGAGCACAACAGGCGGGGUAUGGUUCCAACAUCAAUGAUGGUGAUGCAGACUCAUAUACGGCAGAACAACAGAGACUUCAAGACGAAGAACGAGUGGCUCAAGCCAGGGAAAAUCAAUUGAGAGAUAUUGUGAACGCUACAAACGAUAAAAUGAUCGAUAUAUCGAUGAUUACAAAUAGUGGAAUUGUAAUACAGAGUAAUGAUCAGAUAGACGAAGUGAGAAAAUUUGCAGAUAAGAAUUCUGAGACCGGAGAUGGUAACGACAAUUAUUUGGCACCUGUGAGUUCUAAUCUUGCAGCUAUUAUGAGCAAUAGCGGCAGCCUACAUAAUAAUAAUAAUAAUAAUAACUAUACAUCACAAAAUAGCACUCAUAGUAGACCGUUGGAUGACCAAAUAUUGGACGAUAUAUCACACACAGGAGGAACUACUACCUCUGCAUCAACAAAAGCCGUAUUUGUAACAUUAGACACCAAUGGUCAAAUGACGAAAGAGGAUAAAGAUAAUUUAAAAGCCAUGCAUCAACAGAUAAAGAAAUCAUUAGAAGAUCAAUUGAAAGUAGAACCGUUGGGUAGUCUGGUAAUGACCUUCUAA